CUCUGUGUGAAACUCCCGUCCCCCAAAGCGACCCGCAGCCCGCGGGGCGGGCCCAAGAUGAACGCGGCGGGCGGCAGCUACCCCAUGGCAUCGCUCUACGUGGGCGACCUGCACCCCGAUGUCACCGAGGCGAUGCUCUACGAGAAGUUCAGCCCCGCGGGGCCCGUACUCUCCAUCCGCGUCUGCAGGGACAUGAUCACCCGCCGCUCCCUGGGCUAUGCCUACGUCAACUUCCAGCAGCCUGCAGACGCUGAGCGUGCUCUAGAUACCAUGAAUUUUGACGUGAUCAAAGGAAAACCCAUUCGCAUCAUGUGGUCUCAGAGGGAUCCCUCCUUGAGGAAGUCGGGCGUUGGGAAUGUCUUCAUUAAGAACCUGGACAAAUCCAUUGAUAACAAGGCCCUUUAUGACACAUUUUCGGCGUUUGGGAAUAUUUUGUCCUGCAAGGUGGUGUGUGACGAGAAUGGCUCUAAGGGCUACGCAUUCGUGCACUUUGAGACCCAGGAUGCUGCCGACAGAGCCAUCGAGAAGAUGAACGGCAUGCUGCUCAACGACCGCAAAGUAUUUGUUGGGAGAUUUAAAUCCCGGAAAGAGCGGGAGGCUGAGUUAGGAGCCAAAGCAAAGGAAUUCACCAAUGUUUAUAUUAAAAACUUCGGGGAUGACAUGGAUGAUGAGAGACUAAAGGAGCUCUUCAGCAAAUAUGGUAAAACUCUGAGUGUUAAAGUGAUGACGGACACCACUGGAAAAUCCAAAGGCUUUGGCUUUGUGAGCUUUGAAAAGCAUGAGGAUGCCAACAAGGCAGUGGAAGAAAUGAAUGGAAAGGAUGUCAAUGGGAAAAUGGUAUUUGUAGGCCGAGCACAGAAGAAAGUAGAGCGCCAGGCAGAACUGAAGAGGAAGUUUGAGCAGCUAAAGCAAGAGAGACUCAGCCGGUACCAGGGAGUUAACCUAUACAUUAAAAACCUAGAUGACACUAUAGAUGAUGAAAAACUGAGGAAGGAAUUCUCACCGUUUGGGUCAAUAACAAGUGCUAAGGUGAUGCUGGAAGAUGGACGGAGCAAAGGAUUUGGCUUUGUCUGCUUCUCCUCCCCAGAGGAAGCCACAAAAGCCGUGACAGAGAUGAAUGGGCGAAUCGUGGGCUCGAAGCCGCUGUACGUUGCGCUUGCACAAAGGAAAGAGGAGCGAAAGGCUCAUCUGACUAACCAGUACAUGCAACGCAUUGCUGGCAUGAGAGCCCUGCCUGCCAACACCAUCAUUAACCAGUUUCAGCCUGCUGCUGGGGGAUAUUUCAUGCCUGCUGUGCCCCAGGCUCAGAGCAGACCCACUUACUAUGCACCCAACCAAAUGACGCAGAUGAGACCUAACCCACGCUGGCAGCAAGGAGGAAGACCUCAAGGCUUCCAGGGAAUGCCGAAUGCCAUGCGCCAGUCCGGACCGCGGCCGGCCCUGCGGCAUCUGGCUCCGGCUGGGAACGCUCCCGCCUCCCGGGGCCUCCCUGCCGCUGCGCAGCGAGUUGGCGUUGCCUCUGCAGCACAGAAUUUAGCUCCUCGUCCACCAGUGGCUGCCCCCGCUCCCCGAGCAGUUCCUCCUUAUAAAUACGCCUCCAGUGUCCGCAGCCCCCACCCAGCCGUUCAGCCUUUGCAGGCACCUCAGCCUGCAGUACAUGUGCAGGGACAGGAACCACUAACGGCCUCCAUGCUGGCUGCUGCCCCUCCCCAGGAGCAAAAACAGAUGCUGGGGGAACGUUUGUUCCCUCUGAUUCAAGCUAUGCACCCCAGCCUUGCAGGGAAGAUCACAGGAAUGCUGCUAGAGAUUGACAACUCGGAGCUGCUGCACAUGUUAGAGUCUCCCGAAUCCCUUCGGUCAAAGGUGGAGGAGGCCGUUGCAGUGUUGCAGGCUCAUCAAGCCAAGAAAGAAGCUGCCCAGAAGGUGGGCGUAGUUGCUGCUACCUCUUAAACCAGGAAGACUGGAUGCAAAGAAGCCAAAUAACCCCUUCAUAGACAUCAGCUCGAGAUAUUUAAAGAUUCUUCACUGUCCUGCAGAUUUCAGUGCCAUGCAUCAUAUCACAUAAUUAAACUGCAUUUUUUUUGUAAAUCUUUAAAAUACUAUUUAAAAAGCCAACUCUACGAAGCGUUAGAUUUGCAAAACCAGAAUUAAGUUUGCAAAGCUUCUCUGUGGACAGGACCUUUGUCUUUUCUAAGCAGGACACCAAGGAUUUCUGAUUGAAAGGUUUUUGUGAUUUUGGUUUUAACUGAACAAUCCAGCUUGGGAAGUCUGGAAAGCAUUUAUCAAUAAAGAAAUCAAAACUUUCA